CGGUCCUCCGGGUGCGCUAGAGCGGCGCGAGCGCCUGGCGCCCGCGGCCAUGGAGGACGAGAAGAGCUUCUCGGAUAUCUGCGGCGGCCGCGUGGUGCUGCGGCGUCGCUACUACUCGCCGUACUGCCGCGAGUUCGGCCUCAGCUCGGCUCGGCUGUCGCUGCGCUCGCUGACCGCCGUCACCUGCGCCGUGUGGCUGGCGGCCUACGGACUCUUCACCCUGUGCGAGAAUAGCAUGAUCCUCUCUGCUGCCAUCUUCAUCACCAUCAUAGGCCUGCUUGGUUACCUCCAUUUUGUGAAGAUUGAUCAGGAGACUCUGUUAAUCAUUGAUUCACUUGGCAUCCAGAUGACUUCAUCCUAUGCUUCUGGCAAAGAAAGUACCACCUUCAUAGAGAUGGACAAGGUCAAGGAUGUUAUCAUUAAUGAGGCUAUUUACAUGCAGAAGGUAAUUUACUACCUCUGCAUUUUAUUGAAGGACCCAGGGAAGCCACAUGAGAUAUCCCAAGUAGUUCCUGUCUUCCAGAGUGCCAAGCCUCGUUUGGACUGCUUGAUUGAAGUAUACAGGAGCUGCCAGGAGAUUCUGGCACACCAGAAAGCCACAUCAACAAGCCCAUGAAUCUCAGCAUUCAAAGACCAGUGUUGUCUUUAUGGGAGAGGACUCCUAGACCAUAGUGGCUGGUUUACUUUCUGUACUGUAAAAAUCACUAGCUGGACACAGUCCUGGGAAUCAAAAUGGAUGAGUGAUCUCAGAGCUAUAGAGGAGGCGGCUGGAACUUGACUCAGUGUUUUGAUAUAUUAUAACGUUCCCCUUAUAGAUUUUAUCUACAUUACUAGUCAAGGGGAAACCUUAAGGAUUUUGACAUCAAAAGUAGGCCAGGCAUAGUGGCACAUGCUUUAAUCCCAGAACUCGAGGCAUAAACAGUGGUCUCAAGUUUGAGGCCAUACAAGGCUACAUAGUGAGGACCCCUCCCCUCAAAAAAGUAAUUCACAUGAAGAACACUCUAUGAAGUUUCUGAGCACGUUUAUAUUUGUGAUAAAAUCUGUGGAGUAUUGAGACUGGUGCCAGAUUCUACAAGAAAAAUAGAAUUUCCAUCUCCAUGGACUCUUGUCUAAAAGUUAGGGAAAGAAUAAGUUUUUUUUUAUGUAUGAAUUAGCAAGAAUAAAAUGCCUUACAAAGAGCUAGCCUCUGUCCAUCUAGCACCUAUGAUCUCUGCAGGAUGACUCUUAAUCCACAGCUUAGCUAGUGGUGUUACGGAUGCCAAUAAUCCCAGGACCCAAGAGGUGUCAACAGGAGGAUUGAAAGUUUGAGGCCAGCCUGGGCUACAUGGUGAGGCACUGUCUCAACUUGAAAAUAAAUAAAUAUCCAAAACACACAGGAAUUGCUGGUUCACUGACAGCUUUUUAUUAACAGGCGUACACAGCACU